AUGCGACGGUCUACGGAUUCGCAACGAAAUUACAUUUUAUCUAAUCAACAUAAUCCUGUGACAUUUCGUCAUGAUGAUUCGUUUGUUGACAAACAGUUAGAUGAAAUUAUUAAUGGUCAUGGUCAACUUCAACAAACAAUUAUUCAACAAAAACAAAAUUCACACAAUUCUUCUUUAACUGAACAAAUUAAUCAAUGGGAAACAAAUUCAGUUCAUCAAAUUCAACAAACAGCAGAAGAAUGUCGGAAAACUUUAAUAAAAUUGACACAAACGUUAAUCGAUGAUGUGGAAAAAAAGUUCAUUAAAUUAUCUGAGAAACUAAAAGAAAUCCGCGAAGAAGAUGAAUGUAAUGAAAUUGAUUUAAAUAAUUCUCAAUUAAAAUUAACACAAAUUACAGAAGAAUUUCUUCAAUCAUCAAAUAUUUCGAUCAAAGAAGAUUCACAAGAAUUUAUCAAGAGAAUUUCAGUUAUUUCAUCAUUCGAUUCUUAUCAAUCAAAUCAUCCUACAACUAGCACAGCAACUAUUUUAAAAGAUUCAAUAACGACAUCCUAUAAAAAUUAUUUCCCAAUUAGCAUACCAGCUAUACCAUGGAAUCCAAUAACACCAUUGUAUAAAAUGCUAACUCAAUUUCAACCUGCAAUAAAACAAAAGAUCUUUAUUGAUAAUGAUAAAUCAAUUUAUAUUGCUGAUUAUGAGAAUCAUCGUAUUGUUAAAUGGAAAUUGAAUUCAAAUACUGGUCAAAUCAUUGCAGGUGGAAAUCAAAAUAAUCCAUUGAAUUAUCCAAGAGAUAUAAUUUUUGAUAGUGAAAAUAAUUCUUUGAUUAUUUCUGAUAAGGGAAACAAACGAGUAAUUCGAUAUUUUGAUCAAAAUCAAACAGAUCAACAAAUUCUUGUUUCAAAUAUUGAUUGUUUUGGUAUAACAAUCGAUCAAAAUGGAUUUAUUUAUGUUUCUGAUUUUGAGAAUCAUGAAGUAAGACGAUGGAAACAAGGAGAUGUAAUAGGUGAAUUAGUUGUAGGUGGAAAUGGUAAAGGAGAUCAUCUUAAUCAACUAAAUGGACCUUCUUUUAUCUUUAUUGAUAAAGAUUAUUCUCUUUAUAUAUCAGAUCGUGAGAAUCAUCGUGCAGUGAAAUGGGAAAAAGAUGCGAAAGAAGGAAUUAUUGUUGCUGGUGGAAAUGGUAAUGGAAAUCAAUCAGAUCAAUUGAAUGGUCCUGCAGGUUUAUCAUUUGAUAAUGAAGCCAACCUUUAUGUUGUUGAUCAAGGAAAUCAUCGAAUCCAAAAAUAUGAAAAAACUUUAAAUUAA